UCACCGAUUGCUGCUCCUUUCACCCCGUCGUCGUAGCAAAUCGCAUCGCCGGUUGAAGUUUUUCUGUCACAUCUUGCCCUAGCAAGCCGCUGGUCGCAGCAAAUCGCGCUACCAUUUGAAGCUUUUCUGUCGCCGAUUACAGCUAUCGAUGAUGCUAGUGGCGUGUUCCAGUCCCCUGUGCCCGUCGUUUCUAGCAUUGUGAGCUGUGUAAAUGAGAGCUACAUGAGCGAGUGGUCGAUGCCCGAUUUAAAUCAUUGCCUUUUUUGUAUUGCCACCACACCAACCAUAUCAUCAUCCUCACAUGUGAGAACAUUUGCUUGACUUUUGAGUAAAUUUCACCAAAAGCAAAGAACACCAUUUUUGUUCAACAAAAGGGAAGGCAAGACAGCAAAGAGGGUGUGGACGGCGCCCACCUCCCACUCUCCUCGCGUUCCCCAUGCCUGUCCCGCUGCAACACAGAUGAUCGGGCGCCGACUUCGUCUCGGUGUCGGUGCCCGCUACCUCACCACGGCAGCCGUCCGGCGUGGGGACCUCGCCGGCGCCGCGGAGGCCUUCGCGUCCGCGCCCCGCAAGACCACGGCCGACUACAACCGCCUCCUCGCGGGCUACGCGAGGGCGCCCGGCGGCCGCCUCGCGGACGCGUGCCACCUGUUCGACCGAAUCCCGCACCCUGACGUCGUCUCCUACAACACGCUCCUGUCCUGCCACUUCGCCGGCGGCGACGUCCGCGGCGCCCGGGAGCUCUUCUCCGCGAUGCCGGACAGGGACGUCGCGUCCUGGAACACCAUGGUGUCCGGGCUGUCCAGGAACGGGGCCGUGGGGGAGGCCAGGGCCUUGUUCCUGGCCAUGCCUGCGAGGAACUCCGUCUCCUGGAACGCCAUGGUUUCCGGGUUUGCCUCCGCUGGAGACAUGGGCAUGGCCGAGGAGUGCUUUAGGGACGCGCCCGACAAGGAGGACGCUUUUCUUUGGACAGCCAUGGUGUCAGGGUACAUGGAUGCUGGCGAUGUGGACAAGGCAACGGAGUUCUUCCAGGGAAUGCCUGUGAGGAACUUGGUUUCCUGGAACGCCAUGGUUGCUGGCUAUGUCAAAAAUUCACGCGCAGGUGAUGCUUUGAGGGUGUUCAAGACGAUAGUCAGGGAUGCCGAUGUUCGGCCAAACGAGUCGACAUUAAGUAGCGUGCUCCUUGGAUGCAGCAACCUGUCUGCGCUGGGAUUUGGGAGGCAGGUACAUCAGUGGUGCAUCAAGCUGCCGCUGAGUCGGAGAAUAACUGUUGGCACGUCGCUCGUGAGCAUGUACUGCAAGUGCGGCGACUUGGAGGGCGCGUGCAAGCUGUUCAGUGAGAUGCGUACAAGGGAUGUGGUUGCAUGGAAUGCAAUGAUUUCAGGCUAUGCACAGCAUGGCCACGGGCAGGAAGCUAUCAGCCUGUUUGAAAAGAUGAGGGCUCAAGGUGUUAAGCCUAACUGGAUUACUUUUGUGGCAGUAUUAACUGCUUGCAUCCACACUGGACUUUGUGAUUUUGGAAUACAGUGUUUUGAGACAAUGCAGGAAAUCUACGGAGUCGAGCCACGGGCUGAUCAUUACUCUUGCAUGGUGGAUCUUCUGUGCCGAGCCGGUUUGCUUGAAAGAGCUGUGUGCUUGAUUCGCUCUAUGCCUUUUGAGCCACAUCCUUCUGCCUAUGGCACUCUGUUGGCUGCUUGUAGAGUUUAUAAGAACUCGGAGUUUGCUGAAUUUGCUGCUGGAAAGCUGAUCCAACAGAACCCACACAGCGCAGGCGCCUAUGUACAGUUGGCAAAUAUUUAUGCUGCGGCGAAUCAGUGGGCCGACGUCUCCAGAGUAAGGAGGUGGAUGAAGGAUAAUGCGGUUGUCAAAACACCUGGGUAUAGCUGGGUUGAGAUAAAGGGUGUGAUUCAUGAGUUCAGAUCAAAUGACAGAUUGCAUCCUCAGCUUCGUUUGAUUCAUGAAAGAUUGGACCGGUUGGAGGAGCGGAUGAAGGCAAUGGGUUAUGUUCCAGAUCUUGAUUUUGUACUGCAUGAUGUAGACGAGAGUCUUAAGGUGCAGAUGCUAAUGAGGCACAGUGAGAAGCUCGCUAUUGCUUUUGGCCUCAUUAGUACUGCACCUGGGUUAACCUUGAGGAUAUUCAAGAAUCUCAGGGUCUGUGGAGAUUGCCAUAAUGCUGCGAAGCUCAUCUCCAAGAUCGAGGAUCGAGAAAUCAUCCUGAGGGAUACAACACGUUUCCAUCACUUUAAAGGUGGGCAUUGUUCAUGUGGGGAUUACUGGUGAAGAAAGCCAGUAACAAGGUUUGAUGUAUACUGGCAAAUUUGAUAGGGAUGCAACAGUAGUUGAUCCUUAACAAGAGCAUUGGAUCUGUGAAGUAGUCAACAUCCUAACAUGUGAGAAUUUACCAUAGUGGUUUCUUAGUGUUGUUACUUGGGCAACAUGUUGUGUCCUGUGAGGUUAGGCAAAACCUAAUAGCCUAUUGUGGCACUUGACAGACACAUUGUUGAUGGAUGUGGCAUGAGUGCAAAAUCAAGAAGCAAGGUGUAUGGAAGGACUGAUGAAGCGCAUUUGAUUUAUAUUUCACAUCUAGGUAUCAGGCAGUUGGAGAUGUGUAUGCUCCAAUUCCCAGCACUAUUCGUACUGCUCCAGUAGUUGAUUCGUGAGUUCAGAUCAACUGAAAGUUUGCACUUGUCAGCCUCGUUUGAUUCAUGAAAGAUUGGACCAGUUAGAGGAGCACAUGAAGGCAAUGGUUUAUGUUGUAGAUCUUGAUUUUGCACUGCAUGAUGUAGAUGGACGAGAGUCUUAAAAUGCAGAUGCUGGCACUGGCGAAUCCAGGAAGAAAAUGGAGGGUGAGCUCAAAGUUAACACCGGAUUUCCAUGUCGAGUCCAGUUAUAGCACCGUCACGGGCUCAGGCUGUAAGAGUGUAUCGCCAUGAUGCCAAGUUUUCUCACCAUGAUGUGCGCCGCCAACCUCGCCGAAUCAUCCUUCUACCAUCAGGAACAACUGAAGCCUAGGCACGAGCCACCAGCAGAUCCGAUGACCUCAAAGCACACCACUUCCACCUGCGGCCACCACGAGGCCCACCGCCACCAGAUCGGACACCCCCAAGGCAUGUUCAGACUCCAGAGAGGAAGUCAAUCCAGAGGUGGUACACACAAUGUCCAGAUAUUUUCCCUUGCCAUCACAUUGUACAUUUCUGUGCACUUCUGUACAUAAUCAAGCUAAAGUCGUGUGGAACAAAGUGGAGUGAGUGUGCCAAGGAGUGACGAAGCUGAACAGAGGGUGUAGCAGGAUGCAACAGGCACUCUACGUGUUCUUCCAACUGCUCGUUUGGAAGCUUUCGCAGAAAAGGAACAUUUCGGUCAAUGAGGAGCUGCAAAAUGGGAGAUGGAUGAUUGGGUUGCUUCGGAUGAACACGCAAGACGAGCUCCAUCAGUUCCUGGGGCUAUGGGAGCAGCUUCAAAAUGUUCAGUUGCAAGACUGAGGACGCCUUCUCCUGGAAGCUGACAAGCAAUGGAGUUUACCUUUCCAAGGCCGCUUACGACGCCCAGUUCAUUGGCCGAAUUAGGCAAUCGGAACUAAGCCGGGCGUGGAGGAAAAGAGUGGAAGGAAAGAUCAAGUUUUUCAUUUGACUUCUGCUCCAAAACAUAAACUGGACUACGGAUAGGCUAGCCAGCACCGGAAUCCGCAGUCCACUUGAUGCUUCACUGCUCCUUCUCUAAGCAGACUUGACAAUUAUUCGCUGGAACAAAUCCUGAGUGACGCUGGGCACUCCUUUCUUUCUCUCUCUUCUUCUUCCUUUAUUUUCUUUUCUUUGCUCCGCUCCCUCCCAGAUCGUCUGUAAGCUGCUUGCAGCUAAUGUACAGUUUUCCCCCCUUAUGAAAUGUAAUGGCAGAGCUCCUGCUGACUUCGGUAAAAAGAAGUCGAUGUGUCCUGCUAGCUCAACAUAAAAGUUUUCAUGCGAUUCUUCUA